CAAGAUAGGACUCCAUUUUCCAAUAUUGUGCUUCACGUCACUCAAAAAGAAAUCCCCGGGGCCGUACUACCCUAUUCACAGUUAAAAACUCCAAAUGCAAACCAAUGGAUUAUUUUACAUGCUAGAAAAAGUUUAGUGUGAGCCUCCCUUGACUUAGGUACUCUUCCUAAAGUUAUCAUUUCACUCACAGUUUUUUUCAAAACAGAUGUUUGUGCUGUUGAAUGAUGUUCCUGAAAUAUAAGUAUUACUCACUGAAAUGGCCCUCAUAUGAGAAUCUCAAACAUUAUAAUCAGAAAUCAAAGGGAAGGGGAAGCAAGGAUGGAAAGAUUGAAGCCCUAUCACGGUGGUAGAGACUUCUGUCUCUGAAUGAAGCAAACAAACUCAGAAGUGAUGGAGCAGGUGCCUAGAUAAAAAUAGUCAAUAAAAGUGUAUUGCAUAAGCAUGUUUCGAGAACAAUUUAGGAAAAGGUUGCCAUGGGAAACAGUUCUCUCCAGUACAAGGCUAUUUAAGGAAGUGAAGCUUCUCUUGAAAUCAGACUGGAGAUGCAUCUCAAGAUGUCCCCUGCUGGGUUGAGAAUUACGAAGACUUUGUAGGGUGUGAUUCAGAUGUAUGAGUAUCCAGGAAUGAAAAUAGAAAAGCGUGCUCCCAGAAAGAGCACAGCGGAUGAAUUACCAAUUUUCUAGAGAGCCCACUUGGUCCACUGAUCUUUGCUCUUGAGAUAACCAGCCCUUGUUUAUUUGGGGGGCUGAGCCUAUAGGUCAGAAAAAAUGGAAAUCUUAAGACUGGCCCAAUCAAAGAAGAACAUUAUCAGUUUGAACAUGGACCUUGAAAGGGAUAUGCAGAGAAUAGAUGAAGCCAACCAGGAGCUUCUUCUCAAAAUACAAGAAAAAGAAAAUGAAAUCCAGAGGCUGGAAAGUGAGAUCACCCAGACUGGAGACCCUGCAGAAGACGAUGAUUGGGAGAAGGAAAAUUGUACUGUGAUGGAGAGAGAACGGGCUCUGCAGGAGCUGGAGGAAGAAACAACCAGACUUGAGAAGAAGAAUGAGGCUUUGGUCCACAGUAUCUCAGCACUUCAGAGAAAGCUUACAAGGAAAUCACAAAAGAUAGUCAGAUGUGAACAAGGUGAUCUGGAAAUAACCCCAGAAGAGUCAAAGGUUAAGUUACAACAGUUGGAAUCUUCCUGUGCAGACCAAGAAAAGGAGCUUGCCAAGAUAAUGGAAGACUAUGUGUUUGUCUCUCAGCUCUGCGAAGAUCAAGCUCUCUGCAUAAAGAAGUACCAGGAAGCCUUGAAGAGGAUAGAAGAAGAACUGGAGACUGGAUUCCUUGAAAGAGAAGUAUCAAAAGUCUUAAGCAUGGAUUCUGAGAGAGAAAAGAAUAACAGCCUAAAUAAUAAGGACGAUUCCAUCACCAAAAAGGCAUCAAGGUUCAGUAAAAGGAUUUUUCGCUCCCUCUUUUUUACCACACUAUUUUUCAUCAGAUUGCUGGGGUACCUGAUCUUCCAUUUAAGCUUUAUAAAUCCCGACCUCCUCAUCAACGCACUGCCCAAGAUACUGAGCAGGGACGUCUUGUGGAAGCUGCGGUGCUUCCUCUUUCCAUCUCUCACACUUGAGACAGAAGACAUGUUACCCCACUGACCCAAAGCUGUGUCUGUGGUCAGCAGAAGGCAAGAGGGACACAGGCUUAUAGAUGGGAGUUGGCCAAAUCCGUGGAGGGUAGAGGUAUGCCUCAGUUUUUCCCUCGAGGUUGGGAUCAUGGUGCCCAUUUGUCUCCAUGUCACUUUUCCAAGAUUAACCUUGCCCAGUAAAGAACUCUGUCAGUGAGUCUCUGGAUGAAUGGAUAAAACGAACGGUACACCAUGGUGAACAAACCUGGCUAAUUUCAGAAUUCUAUAGAUACUUGGAAAGAUAGCACUGACCAGUGAGUUCCAUGGAUCUCUGAAAUCUAAUGACUGGUAUCCCUGCAGUGCAGAAGAGCCUCCCCACACACACUACUUACAGUUGAACUUACAUUAGACUCUAAGGUAGUGUCAACUAACCUAGUGUGUGUCCCUGUCAACAGACUUGACUAUAGUGUCACACAUCAGAUACUCGAGAGACUAAGGCAUGAAGACCAUGAGUUCAAGACCAGCAGAGGCAAUAUAGGAAGGUCCUCUCUCUAAAAUAAUAAUAACAAUAAUAAAUAAAAACAACAAUCAACAACCACCAAAAUCUCUGAAUAUAAGAGAUUAUAAUAUACUAGGCAAGGCUGGAAGAAGCCUCAAAAUGUCGUCAGGUUUCAUUUCCUUUUCUUUCUCUUUGGUCCUUCCCCUUUUAGUUCAUGCCUGUCAGCACCCUAAAUUCUGUACUGCCCCAUUAGCAACCUCAGCGGCAUGAAAUCACCUUUGCCCAUAGCUCUAGUUGCAAAGCCCAGAGAACACAGGCUGCCCACCCUGAGGUAAAUAGUUUACCUCCCGUACCACGAUCACUGUGGCCAGCAGGACAAACUUUCUGACUGGUCAAGCCUGAAGCAGCUGUCCAAUUCCUUGUUAAGGAAUAGGAAAGGUACAAAGGAGAAGAGGAACUGGGAACCGGCUCAAUGGGUAAGAGCCUUUUGCUGUGG